AUGGGUCAAAAACCGAUUAGUUUUAUUCGUCAGGUUUUGGCAUGUGUAAGUGAUCCAUCGUUAAUAAAUUCUGUCAAUUAUCCAUCAGAUGUUAAACAGCGUGCAGAAUUGCUACUCAGUUAUUGCGGUGGACAUAGUAUUGGUGCUUAUAGUCAUAGUAAUGGUAUUGAAAUUAUUCGAAAACAUGUAGCAGAAUAUAUUACUCAUCGUGAUAAUGGUAUACCAUCAGAUCCUCAACAUAUACUUUUAUCUGCUGGAGCAUCAGAAAGUAUACGUAAUAUUUUAAAAUUAUUCAUUGAUAAAGAUGGUAGAAAUAGAAAAAAGGGUGUGAUGAUACCCAUUCCACAAUAUCCUCUCUAUUCUGCAUCAAUUGUUGAAUUUGGUCUUGGAUUGGUAGGCUAUUAUUUGGAUGAAAGUAAUAAUUGGGCAUUAAAUAUUGAUGAACUUGAACAUGCUUACAAGGAAUCUUUAAAUCAAUUUAAUACUCGAGUACUUUGUGUUAUUAAUCCUGGUAAUCCAACAGGUAUGCAUUAA